AUGGAUAAUGUUACAUGCUCCAUCGAUAACACAGUCUGUGUCAAUAGUACACGCUGUGGCCAGCCAAUCUGCUACCCAUUAGCCUUAGCAAAUAAAUUGAUUUGUCCAAUGAUUGCAACAGUAGCUACAACAAGCACAACAGUUAGAGGAACAAAUGCUACAACAAGCACAACAGUUAGAGGAACAAAUGCUACAACAAGCACAACAGUUAGAGGAACAAAUGCUACAACAAGCACAACAGUUAGAGGAACAAAUGCUACAACAACACGACCUUCAACUACGACACGUUCACAAAACAGUACAGGUGUAAAUAAAUUUGCAUCAAUGAGUAAGUGA